AUGGGUUUAGGCGUGCUUGAGGACAAAGUACUUGAUCAUGUUCCUGGCACGUCCUACAUCUUCGAGGAUCGCACGGGUGACCAUACGUCAACCGAUGCUCGUCUCAAGUACGAUCGUUCAGGCGACGUUCCUGUACUUCUAGUACCACAACCGAGCGACGAUCCAAAUGACCCUCUAAACUGGCCAUUAUGGCGACGCGAUCUUAUCCUAUUCGCCCUCUCCUUCGUUUCCGUGCUCUGUGCGACAACGAGCUCCUUGAUGGCUGCCAAUACCGUCACCAUUGCUCUCUAUUACGGGAGGAGUUUCACGUCCGUCGCCCUUCUCACUGGCUACCAUCUCUGCGGCGUCGGCGUGGCUGGCAUCCUUAUCGUACCAACUGCGCGCGUAUGGGGCAAGCGCCAUCUCUUCAUCCUCGGGAAUAUUCUGAUGAUUGUAAGCUGUGCGUGGGCUGGAGGAAGCGGCAAGAAUUACGAUAGCCUGUUAUGGGCUCGGAUUUUCCAAGGCGUUGCACUCGCUCCCUUUGAAGCUCUGGUCAAUGCGUGUGUUGGUGAUCUAUUCUUCGUCCAUGAACGAGGCAAGCGGAUGGCGCUUUCCAACGUGGCUCUCUUCGGCGCUGCCUUUCUGACACCAGUCCUUGUUGGCAAGAUCACGCAUUCGCUCAACUGGCAAUGGACUUUCUACUUGGUGGCUAUUUUCACCGCUGCAGCCUUGCCACUUACUAUUUUCUUGAUCCCCGAGACGGCUUUCAGGCGCCCCGACCAUCUUAACACCGAUUUUGAGCACCUGGAUGACCGUCAAGGUGACGGCCAGUGGAAUUCACAAUCGCGGUUAAGCAGGUACACAACGUCCGAAGAAAGCAACCCUACUGAGGCACAGACGCGGUCCGUACCGAGGACCCAAGAAAAGCCACAAGGGGAGUUGUCUGGUGGUGAGGAAGGUACUCGUUGGGAGCCCGAAAUUCCUCGCAAAGCUACAUACUGGGAGACACUGAAGCUGUUCAAUGGGCGCAAGACCGAUGAGAACUUCUUCAAGCUCCUCUUGAGACCCUUCCCUUUGUUCUUUCAUCCGGGGAUCCUUUGGGCGUGCUUGAUUCAAGGGGUUCUGAUUGGAUGGACUGUCUUCAUCGGCGUCGUCCUGGCUGCUAUCUUCUUAGGCCCACCUCUGUGGUUCAAUGAGGUGCAGACCGGGUACCUCUACACGGGUGCCUUUAUCGGCUCCAUCCUGGGCCUUAUACUAUCCGGAGUCCUCUCCGAUUCUAUCAACAAGCUCAUGAUCAAGCUUAAUGGGGGGACAUAUGAGCCUGAGUUCCGGAUCCUGCUUGUUAUCUUUCAGUUGAUCUUCAGCGGAGCAGGUCUCUAUGGCUUUGGAAUCGUGGCAGAAGAUGUCGCACGAUACGGGUGGCUUGUCGUAGAUGUCUUCAUAGCCUUUGUCAUUAUAGGGAUGGUUAUGGGCGCUGUAGCAAGUGCCCUAUACAUCGUCGAUGCCCAUCGUCAAAUCGCUGUCGAAGCCUUCACCUGCUUGCUGAUCUUCAAGAACAUGUUCAGCUUCGUCCUGACAUUCUUCGCAUAUGACUGGAUUGUGGCGAAUGGGAUUCGGCCUGCAUUCCUUGCCAUCUCUAGUAUCCAGAUGGGGGUCUGCCUCUUGAGUAUUCCCAUGUAUAUUUUCGGAAAACGAAACCGCUCCUAUUUUACACGUAAUAAUAUUUUGAAGAAGCUGCAUCUGUGGUAA